CCUCUGAAACACUGACCCGACUCGAGGAGUAUCAUGCGUGAGAUCGUGUUAACCCAGAACACGUUGGUGAACUGCCCGUGAACUGCCAAUAGGUUAUAAUGUCAUCGCAAAGGUUCCAUCAGAAUGCCCUUUUUGAGAAAAGGAAAAACAGAAGAUGAUCAUUUGCCUUUGAGAAUUUCACCAGAACAGAGUAAACACAACGGUUGAACCAACGAAAGCCAAGUAUGCAGUACCAUAUAUUGGCUCCAUGGUAAAGUAUAGUACUAGAGAACUGCUUGAUCGACACAGGCAGGCAGAUAAUAUGGUCGGGGACAUUUUUAUUGUUGAAUCAACCUACAAUAACAAUGGUGUCUUUCGUGUCCAGUACACGUCUAUUCACGGGAUUCUAUCGAACGACAACGGAGCAUUUUGGAAAAUGCUUGAGAAAUCGUCAAGUUUUCACAAAGAGCUGUAAUAUGCAGCGAGAAACCACCACUAUGGAUACCGUAUACCCUCAGUUUCAAAGGUUUUUGACAGAUAUCCUGAAGGCAAGUCCAGACAAAUACCCCAAGUCAUAUCAUCUGAAGCAGUUCGGUUGGAACGAUUUCAACAAAAUUGGAGCCAUUCACCCUCAUUACCAUGUGGGAUACAGUCUGCUGGCAGCACUACAGCAUUCGCCAGCCCCUGCAGAUGGUGAGCCUGACAAGACCACCUCUUACUUUGGCCGUUGUUUCAGUCUCAACUUCCUCCCUUCAUACCACUCUACUAAUUUCGUUUCCAGGCCAGUCAGAUACGAUUCCUACAUUGCCUACCUAGGGAGGACCUCUACGUACAUCGGCAUUGAACUUCGAGAUGACGAGUCCGACCUGCUUUACAUGACGGGUCAAAUGCAAUGCAUGACGAUUGACCUGAAAGAAAAGAAGCUCCUACCGGUUAGCCUGGAUUCAAUCAAGAAGAAUGAGGGUAAGAUCCCGCUGAAGGAGGCCCCAAAGAGGCAUCAGUUCAUACCAGCGCAGUUUGCGAAAGAUGUCUUCAAGUGGAAGACUGCAGUUCAGUGGAGUGACGUGGACCACAAUGGCCAUGUCAAUCAAAUGCCGUACAUGCGUUUCAUCUACGAUGCAGGGAGUUCUGCAGCUGUGGCUGGGUUCCUCAAGUCCUUCCACCGUGAGUUGAUCCACUAUAGAUUGAAGACCUACGCUGUGGAGUACAUUAAUGAGAUCCAUCAAGGACAAGAGCUUAAAAUUCUCUGUUGGGAGUUGAAGGACAGUCCGGGUACAAUCCAUUUUGAACUUCAUGUUGAAGGUCAUGUUGUCAGUAGAAGCCAUCUGAUAUUCGAUAUACAGCCGCUGGCGAAACUCUAGAAUUGAUAUUCCUUUUAUGAGACUUUGUCAAAAGACAGGAUAGCGUCUUUCGCGCAGGAUUCCUGCAAGCUCCUUUUCAUCCCUAAUCCACAUAAAGACGUGAAAAUAUCAUCAUGGAGUUCUUUACCAGGAGCGCACUUUGUUAAAGCGCCCCCAAUGACCAAGGCGGAAAAAGGAAAGGAACCAAGUCGUUGCCCGACUAUAGACAUCUCACCUAUUAUCAUUAAUGUUAUCCUUUACACCUCAUUUCGGUCCAAAGUAGAUGACUCUGAACCUGCGUUUGGGAUUUUUUUUUAGGUUGCCUCCUCCGUUUUCAUCGUUUUGUUACUUCAUUGUUUUGUUUUGCAGAUUAGUCAGAUUCGUUCUUGUUAAAUUGUUUCGUGUUUAGAUUUAGUUUUUCUCUGUGGUGCCUUUCUCGACUUUACUAAGGCAAGUAAUUCAAUUGUUUACUCCACUUAAUUACAUAAAUUAGAAUGUUAUGUUAUGCGAGGUUGGUCAUAGUCACACUCUUGGUUUGAAAGUUAUUCAAAAUAAUUGGAUGGUAUCAUAUCAAUCUAUAAUUUCAGGUG